AGAGGCCAGAGAUCUUUACUUUGGUGUUGUUGAGGUAGUAACAGUAUAGUGUGCCGAAGUAUCAUUGCACAGACUACCAGUACGUACCGGCCUUCUGCAAAGCAUUUACAGCACUAUGGACAAUUUGGAACUGCGCAUGGCGCUCAACUCGGAAAUUGCCGCCCAAGCCCUUACGGACGACCUAAAGAAUCGGAAUGCUCCGAUGCAGUUAGAGAAGAAGAAACAGACGAUCGCCAAUACCACGCAAACCGAGUGGAACAUAGGCUCGUCCGUCGCGGAUAGCGGUAGUUCCGGUGGCGGUCGCUUUCGCGAGCACUGGCCGGAGCACUUGCCCCAACCUCCGUCACAGAGAAAACUCAAUGCAGAAGAACUUUCGGCAGCGGAGUCGAGCAAGAAUCCCAACAUGCCCAAAGUUAUUGUUUUUAAUGCGAAUACGCACGAAGGCUCUUCGAUGGUGCGAGUCUUGUCGGAAAAGGGUUUGCACGUGGUGGCGAUUGUACGAAUCGUCACCUCCCGCAACACGAAGAAUCUCAUGAAACUACGCAACGUGGAAAUUAAGGUGGCUGAUCUGAACAACAAGGAUACCGUCAUGAUGGCGGCCAAGGGCUGCUCUCAGGCAUUUUUGCUGACGAAGUACUGGGAACGCUUCGAAAACCCCAUUGAGGAACAAAUGGCCCAAGUUGUGCUAGCGGCAUCGGCUACAGUUGGUAUCAAGCGUCUCGUGUUGGCAACUUUCGAAGACACUCAUGAGCUGCGAACUCGGGGGCGUAAAUCCCAACUUAUGCCAACCCCCGAAGGAAAAAUCUACCCAAACUUUGAACCAAUGAACUCGAUCAACACGGCAGCCAAAAAACUCGGAGUACAAGUUUCGCACAUGUUCACCUCGUUCUUGGACGAGCCGAAUUCGAAGAAGUCGCUCAUUUUGAUUAGAGGUGAAAAUGGUAAGAUUCUCAGUCAGCCAUAUAUUCAAGAUACACCGGGCAGUAAACAGUAA